AUGGCUCCAAUCGAUGUUGAGAAGGCGCUCGAAGAACUGACGCUGGGCGAGAAGGUGGCUCUUACCGCAGGCCGCGACUUCUGGCACACUGCGUCAGUUCCGCGUCUCAAUAUUCCCUCCCUUCGCAUGUCAGACGGCCCAAACGGCGUUCGCGGAACUCGAUUCUUUAAUGGAAUCCCUGCUGCAUGUUUCCCCUGUGCCACUGCCCUCGGGGCAACUUGGGACACUGAGCUCCUGACCGAAAUUGGCUCAUUGAUGGGCGAGGAAGCAAUUGCAAAGGGUACACAUAUUGUAUUAGGCCCAACGAUCAACAUCCAAAGAUCCCCACUAGGUGGCCGUGGCUUCGAGUCAUUUUCCGAGGACGGUGUCCUGUCUGGCACCCUCGCCGGUCACUUCUGCAAGGGUAUGCAGGACAAGGGCGUCGCCGCGACGCUGAAGCACUUCGUCUGCAAUGACCAGGAGCACGAGCGGAUGGCCGUGAACAGCAUUCUGACUGAGCGUGCUCUUCGUGAGAUUUAUCUGCUUCCCUUCCAGCUAGCCAUGCGGAUCUGCCGCUCAGCAUGUAUCAUGACAGCUUAUAACAAGGUCAAUGGCACUCACGUUAGCGAGAAUAAGGUAAUUAUUGAUGAUAUCCUGCGCAAAGAGUGGGGAUGGGAUGGUCUAGUCAUGAGUGACUGGUUUGGGACCUACAGCACAUCAGAUGCAAUCAAUGCCGGCCUAGAUAUCGAAAUGCCUGGUAAGACACGCUGGCGUGGAGAGGCCUUGGCCCAUGCCGUAUCUUCGAACAAAAUCGCCCCGUUCAAGCUCGAUGAGCGUGUGCGUAACGUGCUGAAUUUGGUGAACUGGGUCGAUCCCCUGGGCAUCCCCGAAGGUGCCUCCGAGAAAGCUCUCAAUCGCCCUGAAGACCAAGCUCUCAUGCGACGUGCAGCCGCGGAGUCUGUGGUUCUCCUGAAGAAUGAAGGUGGUGCUCUUCCCUUAAAGAAGGAUAAAUCGGUCCUCGUCAUUGGCCCAAAUUCCAAAAUCGCCUCAUACUGCGGCGGCGGCUCCGCAUCGCUUGCGCCUUACUAUACUAUAUCUCCAUUCGACGGGGUGUCGGCAAAGAGCAACGGAGAAGUCAAAUAUGUCCAGGGUGUUUACUCACAUAAGGAGCUACCGCUUCUUGGUCCUCUCCUGAAGACUACAGAUGGCAAAACCGGAUUCACAUUUAAGGUAUACAACGAACCGCCAAGUGCUGGACAAGACCGUACUGUUGUUGAUGAGCUUCAUCUUGUUGCAUCUACUGGCUUUUUGAUGGACUACAUCAAUCCCAAGAUUAAAUCUAUGACUUUCUAUGUUGACAUGGAAGGCCUAUUCACCCCCGAGGAGGAUGGACUGUAUGACUUUGGCGUUACCGUCGUUGGUACUGGUAGGUUGCUUGUUGACGGAGAGGUGGUCGUUGACAACACCAAAAACCAAAAGCAAGGCUCGGCUUUCUUCGGCACAGCUACCAUCGAGGAGCGUGGUGUCAAGGAGCUAAAGGCUGGACAAACUUACAAGAUCCUAUUUGAGUUCGGGAGCGCUCCCACCUCCGAUCUCGACACCCGUGGCAUUGUUGCCUUUGGACCGGGUGGAUUCCGCUUUGGUGCCACUCGCCAGGUCGGCCAGAACGAAUUGAUUUCUAAGGCCGUGGAGCAAGCCAAAGAGGCUGAACAGGUUGUGAUAUUUGCGGGUCUCACGAGCGAGUGGGAGACUGAGGGCUAUGACCGUGAUCAUAUGGACUUGCCCCCUGGCAGCGACGAUCUGAUCAGUCGCGUCCUAGAAGUGAACCCCAACACGAUUGUCGUUAUUCAAUCCGGAACUCCUGUGACAAUGCCAUGGGCCAAGGAUGCACGCGCCCUUCUGCAAGCCUGGUUCGGUGGUAAUGAAUGUGGCAACGGUAUUGCUGACGUACUUUACGGAGAUGUCAACCCAUCGGCAAAAUUGCCUGUCACAUUCCCACGCCGUCUACAAGAUAACCCUUCGUAUAUCAACUUCCGUUCCGAGCGGGGCCGUGUCCUCUACGGUGAGGACAUCUACGUUGGCUACCGCUAUUUUGAGAGGAGUGACCUCGCCCCUGCCUUCCCUUUCGGCUACGGCUUGUCCUAUACCACCUUCACUCGCACCGCCCUCAGUAUCCGCACCGUUCCAGAGCAGGCUGCAUUCUCUGAAUACGGCGAGCCCAUCACAGCAUCUGUCACUGUCACCAACACGGGCUCCAUUCCGGGUGCAGAGAUCGUGCAGCUCUGGGUGAUCCCACCAUCGACUAAUGUCAGCCGACCACCGCGGGAGCUCAAGGCCUUCCAGAAGGUUUUCCUACAGCCUGGGGAGACCAAGACAGUCGAUCUUAACGUGGAGAAGAAACUAGCGACCAGCUGGUGGGAUGAACAGCGUGAGAAGUGGAUUUCUGAGAAGGGCCGUUAUACUGUCUUGGUGACUGGAACUGGUCCCGAGGAGCUCCGUGGUGAAUUUGAUGUUGAUAAGACGAGAUUCUGGCUUGGUCUUUGA